UGUGACGGGAAAUCUUGAAAACUUUUUGGUUUUCAGGGUAAACUAAACAAGGCCUUAGUCGUGAUGCAGCAGAUGCACGCUGAGCUGCAGAGGCCCUCUGCAUCUCUGCCUCUCCGUCGUCUGAUCCCCCGGUCUUGACUUGGCCAUGUGUUCAAUGCUGAUCCCCAUCAGCCACCUCGCUUUACAAGCAACAUCGGCACCUAAUCGCUCGUGCUUAAGCUUAACCACAAAUCGCCUUGUGCUCGUGCGAUCUCGUCGCGGCAUAUAAAAGUGCAAUAGCCCCCACAUAUCUUUCCGCGCUAAUAAGCCCGGUCUUUAGCUAGCUAGGACUAACACUAGUACUACUAUCAUCCUCCUCCGCGCGGUUGCUACAGUCAGCUUCGCUUUCCUCCAGCCCAUCCAUCCAUAGCGAUUGACCUCAGCUCAUCAAGCCCUGAGCUGAGCCGCCUCAAUCCCGUCGAGAGCGCGAUCGCCGCUCAGGGGAAAAAAAGCAACAAGCAGAGAGAGAGAGUGGGCAAGAUGAAGGUGCAGUGCGACGUGUGCGCGGCCGAGGCGGCGUCGGUGUUCUGCUGCGCCGACGAGGCCGCGCUGUGCGACGCGUGCGACCGCCGCGUGCACCGCGCCAACAAGCUCGCCGGCAAGCACCGCCGCUUCUCGCUGCUCAACCCGGCGCCGCCGUCCUCGUCGGGGUCGGGGUCGCCGGCGCAGCAGCAGGCACAGCCUCCGCUCUGCGACAUCUGCCAGGAGAAGCGGGGGCUCCUGUUCUGCAAGGAGGACCGCGCCAUCCUGUGCCGCGACUGCGACGUGUCGGUGCACACGGCCAGCGAGCUGACGAUGCGCCACACCCGGUUCCUGCUCACGGGCGUGCGCCUCUCCGCCGAGCCCGCCGCGUGCCCGGCGCCGCCGCCGCCGCCGUCGGGGUCGGAGGACGAGAACAGCAGCGGCAGCGGCAGCUUCUGCUGCAGCGCAGGCGGCGACGCGUCCGCCGCCCCUCCUCCGUCGUCGGCGGCGCCCGCCACCAGCCACGGGAGCGGGAGCGAUAACGGCAGCAGCAUCUCCGAGUACCUCAUCAAGACGCUGCCCGGGUGGCACGUCGAGGACUUCCUCGUGGACGAGGCCGCCGCCGGCGCCGCGACAAACAUCGCCGGCGUCUCCGCAGACGCGUCGUAUCAGGGAGGGCUAGCUCGGAUCGGCGGCCUGCAGGACGGCUACGGCUACUCGGCGUGGAUGGCGCCGGAGCAGCUCUUCUACGAGGACUCGUCCGCCGCCGGCGGCGCGCGGGGCAUCAGGGAGCAGUGGGUGCCGCAGAUGGCGAUGUACAGCAGCAGCACGGGGCUGUCCGUGGCCGGCGCCGGCAGCAAGAGAUCCCGAGCCACGUCGGCGGCAUCCUCGUAUUCCUACUGGUGAUUGGUGAACAACUCAACGGGGAAGACGACCGUGACAGAGUCGCCGAUGAUCGAGCCGCCGCCUGUUGUAUUAUUAUUAAUUAUGCCUCGGCUGGUGCAUUAUUACUGCUACCGCUACGCUACUUGUUGACUACUGUAACUGAGGUUGUUUCGAUCGUGCUCAAUUGCCAGCAGUGCAAUUUUUUUUUUUCGCUCCUGGGCGUCCUCGUUCACGUGGAGUGAUGAUGAUCAGUGUAUGCUUGGGAGCGUUAAUUUGGGCUUUUUUUUUAGGGGCGCUAGAGAAUGAAUGUACCUCAGUGCCUUUGUACUAUCUUUUUGCUCGUUGCAACUUCAGAGCCUACUGUAUAAUCUAUCGCUGUCUAUCA